ACUUGUAAUACAGGUGUACGCAAGGAGAUUUCGUGCAAGUGACGGAAAAAUACAGGUAACGUUCCAUUUUCAGCCAUCGUGACCAUCAACUGACAGACAGAGAGUAAUACUAGAGGAGGUCAUGUAAAUUUCCAAAGAAUCCUCAACUGAAACUGCUUUUCCAGCUGCUGCGCUUCAAGGCUUUAAACUGGCACUUUGAGUUUAUGACAUAAAAUAUAGUCCGUGCACUUCCAAAUUAUUCCUAUUCUUGACCAUAGCGGUUCGAUCAUUGGGACUCGAGCAGUGAUAAAAUGAAAAUAUCAUCGAUUGACCACAACACAGCAUGAACGGGGUGGCAUGUUCCACACGGUACCACUCACAAACGAAGAUUCAUCUGCACUGUGUAGAAAGACCAUCAGUCAGUGACAAUAGCUCACGGCAAUUUUUAAAGAAGUAUUAGUCGUUGACAUUUGGCAUACUCGACGGCGUGUUUUACAACACUCGAACGCAGUCAGGUUACCGCAAUUGCUGUCACAAUUCUGAGAUUCACCCCUAUGGCGGAUAAAAAGGUGAUGCAUGAACUAAGUAGCUGAAGUGGCGUGCUGUGCUCGAAAGUAUCCACUAGAAUUUUCUGACAAUUAUGCAUGUUGCCAGACAAUGAUGGUCUUUUAUCCAUCAAAAUUCAUCGCUGGAUCCUGGAGCAGUCGAUCGUCAGCACCCUACGUUGAAGUUGGAUGAGAUGUUAGCACAAAAUAAAGAUUUAUAUCAAGUUGUAAUGCGCUGACUUGAAAGGAUUCGAAUGAGGCUUUAGCCAAUGUAAGUUGUUUGCAAUGCUUUAUUAUGAAAGGUAAAUCUUGUGUGCUCCCAAUAUACAACUCUUGAGGCACCAUUACAACGCGGUUAAAACGGACACCAGAUUCCUAAAAUACCUAUUUGAAAAUUACGAAAAUCUGCUGGUAUCAACAUCUUGCAACCUUGACGGAGAAUAUGAGAUUGCGGAUCCAAUGCUACGAUUUCGUAAAACCUGCUACACCGAGUCGACAAGAGACAACGAUGUCGGGUCUUAUGGCGACGCCAGCAAUUUGCAUGCUUCUGCAUAUAUGAGGCACUGGUAUCGACGGCUGAUCUAUAUAUAUGGGGUAACACUACAUCGCAAUGCAAUUAUUUGUGUACGAAACGAGGCGUCGAUUUCUGCGUGGAUUUAAAAUGGCAACUACUAGUAUUAGUGAAAGCGUGUGUGUUGGAGUGAAAGUUAUUCACACUCUCAUCACGCAUCAAAGAAGUUGGUCUUUAUUUGAUCAAUAAGAAUAUCUUCCUAUUAUAUAAUGCAUCAUCGCUGGUCCAGCUACCAGGAUUGAGUUCCCAAUGACACCCAUAUCAUCGCAUGAAGCUUCGAGCCUGUUACUGCAUGCAUUACUAGCACAAAGUAACCAAGCACUUAAGUAUCAGACGACAAAAUCGAGUUAUCCCUUUCAUGCAGAACAAGAUUGCAUGGAAAAAAUAAAAUUGCUAAAGCUAAAAUCUAUAAAUUUGGAUAAAUUUUGGAGUGAAUAUACUUGACGUCAUUCGAAUUAAGCAGAC